UUAUCUAGUAUCAAUGCGGUCAGUUGAGCGUUGGAUCUUGGGCAUUGCAGAUCAUCACUAGUCGUAACAUACUCAGCUUAGAAGUGGUUUAAUUUUUGUGCUCGUGUGCUGUGGGGGAAUUUUAGAAUAUAACAGUGCAAUUUGGAGUGGUUCAUUUCUAGCUGGUCAUCCCUGAUGGGAUGAUGGUGUAUGGUGGAAAUUUCGAUAUCUGAUAAGAAUUUCAAAUAAUUCAGUUACCAGGGAGUUCUAAGAAUCGAUACGAAAAUGGUGGGUCCCAGUGUAGACGAUAUUAAGGUGUCCCUGCAGAAGUUUGGCCUGUACGAUUAUGUGGUGUUUCUGCUGAUGCUGCUCAGCUGUAUGAUCAUCGGCAUCUACUUCGGUUUCAUCAAGAAAAAGGUGAAAAAAGGUGGUGCAGAGGCCGAUUACUUGGUCGGUGGCCGCCAGAUGAGCGUGAUUCCAGUUUCGCUGUCGCUGAUUGCUAGCUUCAUUUCUGGCAUCUCCCUGCUUGGUACGCCCACCGAGAUCUACGUCUAUGGCAUCCAGUACAUGUACAUCGUGGGAGGCGUCAUAACGAUGGGUUUCAUCAUGAUGUACUUCUAUCUGCCGGUGUUCCACAACCUGCAGCUUACUUCCACCUAUCAGUACCUCCAAACCCGCUUCGACAAACGGAUGCGACUGUUCGGUUCGGUCCUAUUUACGUUUGCCACGAUGGCGUGGCUACCGAUCGUAAUUUACGUACCAGCGCUAGCUUUCAACCAAGUCACCGGAGUGAACGUCCAUCUGAUCACGCCGCUGGUAUGUGUCAUCUGUAUUUUCUACACGUGCGUCGGUGGGUUGAAGGCCGUCGUUUGGACGGAUGUUGUCCAAACGGUGCUCAUGUUUGGUGCCAUGGCUUUGAUUAUCGCCAAAGGAACUUAUGACGUUGGUGGUUUCGCCACCGUCAUGGACAGGGCGAUUACGAGCGGAAGGAUUGAGGGACCAGAUUUGCGGUUUGAUUUAACUACGCGCCACAACAUUUACUCGUGCGUCAUCGGUGGAGUGAUUUACUGGCUGAAGACGAACGCCGUCAGUCAGAAUAUGAUCCAGCGAUAUCUUUCGCUUCCGUCCUUGCGUGCGGCCAAACAAGCGUUGUGGACGUUUAUUGCGGGAACGCUGUUUCUGCUGGGGCUCUGCUGCUACAGUGGACUGCUGAUCUACGCGAAGUAUCAUGAUUGUGAUCCACUGACGACCAAAUUAGCGGUCGCUAAAGAUCAACUUUUGCCCCUGCUGGUGAUGGAUACGCUGGGGGAUUACCCCGGCCUGCCGGGUUUGUUCGUGGCGGGAGUAUUUUCAGCGGCACUCAGCUCACUGUCCACCGGGUUGAAUUCGAUGUCCGCCGUGGUGUUGGAGGAUUUCUUCAAGCCGUUCACGAAUCGACCCCUGAGUGAGAGAGCUACGGCAAUCAUCAUGCGAGCCGUAGUCGGUGUGUUCGGAACGAUUUGUGUUGGGCUAGUGCUGGUUGUGGAAAAACUGGGCGCCGUCCUGCAGCUUUCGAUGAGUUUGGGAAGCGUCAGUAAUGGUCCGUUACUCGGGAUCUUCACCCUCGGGGUGCUGGUUCCUUGGGCUAAUGGAACGGGCGCAAUCGUUGGAGGAACCAUUGGACUGGUUCUAAUGUCGUGGAUUUGUUUUAAAGCUCAGCUUGCAAUCGCUAGCGGCGAGAUGAGUUUCGAACCGAAACCAGUGAACACGCAGGGUUGUAGCUACACUUACAUAGCGUCGGAGCCGAUGAGCAUGCUUGCGGCGAAUGUUACAACAACAGCUGCACCACCAAGUUCCAUUCAAUAGCUUAUAACUUCUAACGGAAGUCUAGUCAUUGUCAAUAUUGCCGGGUUUUCCCAUUUUACUUAAAAGCCCACUUACACACACGGCGUAAUGACACCUUCUCCGUACAAAAUAGAAGGCGUGAUCGUCAUAACCAAGUUAAAAUACAUCAAAAGUGAGCUGAGUUAACAAACCAAUAAAAUUAAAGUGCAGGUUUUAUUGCAGGUGCGCUCAGCAUUAUUUGCUAAUUUUAUUGCAUGUCUUCUUAAUUCAGCUUCUCUCCAUGUUUAUGCCGACUAGUUGUUUAAACGAAUUGUAUCUCAAUUAGAACAUAAAGUGGGUUGUUGAGGCCAGCUUCGUGUCUUGAGACCGAAAGAGUGAUAAAGCUUCAUUGUUUUGUCAUUGUCUUCUCACAGUUUAGUUUGGCCCAGUUUCGUUGAAUAAUUUUGAAAAAUAUAUUUAAUUUUGCCGAAAUUCUCGGCUAUCAAGAGAAUAGUUUUGAGUUCAAAUUUGGACUUUGCUUUUUGGCAUAGUAGAGAUCCAAAUCAACGGUGCAGAAUGAAGUACUUAAUUAAGCAUAUAAUCAACAAAAUCAGUGAAUUGAGCUUAAUAUUAAAUAUUUUAACUCAACUUUUUAACUCAA